GAGGAAAUGCAAGUCUAUGACGUUACGUGCGCGUUGCUCAGACUUGCUUCUCUCCUCCCCUAGCAAACGCUCAAGUAAACUAGAAUUGGAAAAAUGGUGGCCAGCGUCAGAGUGCAGAAGCUCCUCAGACGAUACAAACUAGCGAUUGCCGCCGCGUUAACGAUUCUUCUGAUUCAAGGGCUAGUAGUAUGGAGUCUGAGAAGUCUCGAAGAGGGCGAGGCGGAGAGGAAAACGCGGCGGUCCAAGCUACCUGACCACAACAGCCAGGACCCCAAAAGGGAGGCAGUGGCCUGGGAGAGACAGAACACCUUGUCUGGGAGGAGCGGGGCCCGAUGGAACAGCAGGCUGGAGAGGACGGGGGCCACGGCUGCCAGCGCCCUCCAGAGAGGCACCAAGCGCCGGGGGAAGCACACCAUCAGGGUGAAGAUGCCCCUGGGCCAGGGUGUAGCAGUUGAUGGCGUCCCCCCCCAUGAACCCUCCAGCAGCCGUAACUUCACUGAUACCCGGGGCGGAGGGGAGGGGGCGGCCAGACUACCCCCUCCAGCCAUGCCAGGGGAACCGGGCAGCGUGGAGGGGGCGCCCCAAGCCCCCAGCAGCGACUUUGUGCCCAAGUGUGACAUCAUGGGCAAGGACGCCCUGUCGGCCCUGCACCGCGCAGGCUCGCGGCAGUGCCGGCAGGAGAUCGCCAACAUUGUGUGCCAGCAUCAGGCCGGGCAGCUCAUGCCAAGGGCACUGCCUCAGUUCUGCCCGCUGCACGGUUUUUCCAGCCCGGUCCAGACAGCUGAUGAGCUGGACAAUGACCUGUCCAAGGUGGAGAACCCGGUCAGGGUAGUCUUCGUCCUGGUGGUCCACGGCCGGGCCAUCAGGCAGCUCAAACGCCUCAUCAAAGCCAUAUACCACCGAGACCACUUCUACUACAUCCACGUGGACAAGCGUUCCAACUACCUGCAUCGGGAGGUGCAGCAGAUCGCCCAGCAGUACCCCAAUGUGCGUGCCACGCCCUGGCGCAUGGUGACCAUCUGGGGCGGUGCCAGCCUGCUGAAGGCCUACCUGCGCAGCAUGCAGGACCUGCUUUCCAUGCUGGACUGGAAUUGGGACUUCUUCAUCAACCUCAGUGCCACUGACUUCCCCACCAGGACCAACGAUGAACUGGUGGCUUUUCUGUCACAGCACAGAGACCAGAACUUCCUCAAGUCACAUGGGCGGGAGAACGCGAGGUUCAUAAAGAAGCAGGGUCUGGACCGGCUGUUCCAUGAGUGUGACAACCACAUGUGGCGGCUGGGUGAGCGGACCAUCCCAGAGGGCCUGGAGGUGUCUGGGGGCUCUGACUGGUUCUCCCUCACCAGGCGCUUCGUAGAGUAUGUCAUCAACUCCCAGGAUGAGCUGGUGGCGGGCCUGAAACAGUUCUACACCUACGCCCUGCUCCCCGCUGAGUCCUUCUUCCAUACAGUGCUGGGGAACAGUCACAUGUGUGACUCUCUGGUGGACAACAACCUGCGUGUUACCAACUGGAACAGGAAGCUGGGCUGUAAGUGCCAGUACAAACACAUAGUGGACUGGUGCGGCUGCUCUCCCAACGACUUCAAACCACAGGACCUCGUCAGGAUACAGCAACUGACCCGGCCCACGUUCUUUGCCCGAAAGUUUGAGUCCACGGUGAACCAAGAGGCCAUAGACAUCCUGGACACCCACCUGUAUGGACACUACGCCCCAGGGACAGUGGCCAUCAAGGCCUAUUGGGAGAGCCUGUUUGAGCGGGCGGACGGGGUUGGCUCCCUCAGUGACGUGGCCCUCACGGCCUACUCUUCCUUCUUCCGCCUGGGCCUCAAGAGCCUGGAUAGCAGCCAGACCAGCCUGGAGACCUGCAGGUAUGAGCCAAUAGGCUACCCGGUGUCGGUGCACCUUUAUUUCUACGACGAGCGUUUCCAGGGCUACUUGGUCCGUCAGGAGGUGCAGAAGGUGGGGUCAAGUGUCAGGGAAACGGUGGAGGUGUGGGCCGUGCCUCAGGCCACCAUGCAGCUGGAGAACAACCUCCGGGAGUUUGAGAGGCUCAAGAACCUGGAGGUGGGCACAGAGUGGGACCCCAAGGAGAGAAUCUUCCGGAAUUUCGGCGGUGUGAUCGGGCCGCUGGACGAGCCGGUGGCGGUACAGAAGUGGGUUCGGGGGCCCAACCUCACUGCCACCAUUGUGUGGAUCGACCCCGCCCAGACAGUGGCGGCGUCUUAUGACAUCAGUGUGGAUGCGGACGCAGAGUACACGCAGUACAAGCCCCCGCUGCAGCGGCCGCUCCGGCCCGGGGCCUGGACAGUCAGGGUGCUGAGGCUGUGGGAGCGCGUGGCCGAGGCUCGCUUCCUCGUCAUGCCCCUGGCCUUCAAAGGACGAGAGCCACUACGCCAAGAGGAGGACAGCUGGCUGCACGCGGGGCCACCAGGCAACCUGUACCUGGAGCAGGGCUUCCAGCAGCUGAGAUCUGUUCUGAAGCUGCCCCCACAGGAGCCCGCCCUGCAGGAGGCCCAGCAGAGGGCCCAGCUGGUGGGCAAACCCCUGGAAGCCUGGGUGGACCGCACCGUGGGGGCCUUCUGGGUGACCGGGGACCUGUGCUCCACCCUGCCUUCCCCGGGCCCCUGCCCUUCCCUGGGCCCCUGUACCAAGUCCACCUGGAGCUCCCUCGCCCCAGACCCUAAGUCAGAACUUGGCCCUGUCAAAGGUGAUGGCCGGAUCAGGUAGCCCCCCCCGGACAGGAGGCAUGCUGGACUACAGUAGAUGGAAAGGGGAUUAUAUGUGAGCCCUGAGAAGAGGGGAGGAUAUGUGGGCCCUGAGAAGAGGGGAGGAUAGGUGAGCCCCGAGAAGAGGGGAGGAUAGGUGGGCCCCGAGAAGAGGGGAGGAUAGGUGGGCCCCGAGAAGAGGGGAGGAUAGGUGAGCCCCGAGAAGAGGGGAGGAUAGGUGAGCCCCGAGAAGAGGGGAGGAUAGGUGAGCCCCGAGAAGAGGGGAGGAUAGGUGAGCCCCGAGAAGAGGGGAGGAUAGGUGAGCCCCGAGAAGAGGGGAGGAUAGGUGAGCCCCGAGAAGAGGGGAGGAUAGGUGAGCCCCGAGAAGAGGGGAGGAUAGGUGAGCCCCGAGAAGAGGGGAGGAUAGGUGAGCCCCGAGAAGAGGGGAGGAUAGGUGAGCCCCGAGAAGAGGGGAGGAUAGGUGAGCCCCGAGAAGAGGGGAGGAUAGGUGAGCCCCGAGAAGAGGGGAGGAUAGGUGAGCCCCGAGAAGAGGGGAGGAUAGGUGAGCCCCGAGAAGAGGGGAGGAUAGGUGAGCCCCGAGAAGAGGGGAGGAUAGGUGAGCCCCGAGAAGAGGGGAGGAUAGGUGGGCCCCGAGAAGAGGACAUAAAUAGACACGGCUUCUCUCUACAUAAGCUGAGGAGUGGCUAUGCUCCCAGUUUAGAGGCUACAUGCCCUUUUCAGAGGAGAUGCGUGCUGGAAAUUUGCCCAUGAAGAUUGCAAGACAAAGGUUUUUUUGUGUUUGAACAUCAUUUCUCGUUACAUGGACAAUUUGUGUUAUGUUAUCUGUCUGGGUAGAACUUUGGAAAGAGGAGAACCCCACCCACAUAUGUUUGAACUCUGUUCAAUGCACAGUUUUCUUCUGCUUUAAGGAAUUUAAAGCAGUGGCCAACAUUUUGACAGUGGCUAAAUGCUGUGUUGUAUUGUUGUCAGAGGGCAGUGGGUCCUCUGGACUAGUAUCUUCAUGCUUAUUUUCAAGCAUUAUUAUCAGAACAGCAGCAGCAGAUUGGGGAAGUGCACUUUACUGUAAGACUAAGGUUACACAGGACAGGGUCGAUCAGUAGUUGGAGAAUGACAACGAGGAGGAUUAGGAGCUUAAAAGGUCAAGGUGGAGGUCGUCACAAUAUGGUGACGUGGCAUCCUCUUCACUUACAUGUCUUUUGUAUAAAAGUGCUGCUAGAACGUUGCGGCGUCACUAUCACAUAUCUGACCCAGCUAGCUCACCUGGAGGAGGAACAAUAAUAAUGUUCUGAGUUACCAGCUGGGAGACAAGUUAAAGUUGGGAGAGAGUCCUCUUCUCUCAUGAGUUCUGUUUACUGUGACAUUAUCAUGUUUGACAUUUUUGGUUGUUUCUUGAACAUUGAGAUGUGAAAUGUCUUUGUUGUCCAUGAUCACUGCAAAGCAAUGCCACCGGGGGUUGUGUGUGUUAGAGGAAGUGCCUAACUGAUGUGGGUAAUAUUCUAGGCUACAGUGGCCUGGCUCUCCAGUGUGGCAUCAUCAUUCACAGUGGACUACAUCACUUCUCAAAGGGUCUAGUCACAGUUAUGCUAUAUAGGCCUAGCUAGAGCCAUAUAUUUAGAGUUAGGCAAACUUUUAGAAUAUUGUUCUAAUACUAGACAGUCAUGCAAAUUCAUUAUAAUGCAGAAACCUCGUUGGCCCAACUCUCUAAGUACAUGGCUCUGGGCUAGCUGCCUCUUCUGUAUCAGUGUAUAUGCAGUGCAGUACUGUCCAUGCUCUGUAUGCAAACAAAGUGAGGAGUCUUCUGUCAUCUACCUACCACUUUAAUGUUACUGGUUGUCCAUAAGCAUUUCUACAACAAUGAAACUCCCGUCCAAGAGGGGUCAACAUGACUAUUUCACGGUCUGGUUAAGAAAUCGAAGCUGCCUUUAAUAUGAACUGUUUAUAAUGGGAGAAUAGCUUCAAGACGUGCACUUAUUUCCCUUUUAGACAAUUCUGAAACCCUACACCUUUGUUUUUAAUUGUAAUGUUUUAAAACUAGACUGGCUGAAACUCCUACUUUAGUUUUUUCAGUUUCUGCCACUGAGUUUACAAGUGACCUUGUUUCCCUUGCACACUUUGCUUGCUUCAGUGAAGCUUCCAUUUAACAGAAAGAAUAGCAGAGCACCGUUUAGUGUAAAGGGAAUAGGUUAUUCAUAUUUCAGUCUUUGAGAAAUAUAUAUUUGUCCAUCCAUUCAAUAUCAACUCCUCUGUCAAACUAUUGAGAAACACUUGUAUUAUUAUUUUUUGGACACAUCACACUUCGUUCAAUGUCACUUCCGUCCACGCUGUAUCACCCCACAGCCCACUCAUGACUCACUCUGAUGAUGACAGUGGCACUGGCUCCCUGACUGAGGCAUGACAGUGCUGGACUGGAGAGGGGAGUGCUGGCCAAUCACAGAACGCCUCUGGUAAAACAUGGCAACAGGUUGACUGGUGGCACAAUAAAAAAUCUGAUCUUG